AUGGCUCAAGCCACGGCGAAGGAACUGAUCCUUGUUACGGGCGUCACGGGAUACAUUGCUGGUCGCACAGCCGAGGCGUUCCUCCAAGCGGGCUACCGAGUUCGAGGCACAGUUCGAGACCUCAGCUCUGCGCGCCAGACACAGAAGGCUCUCAGCGAAUUCGGCAGCCAAUUCGAAGUGACGGUGGUUCCCGAUAUCUGCGUCGCUGGGGCACUUGAUGAAGCAAUGGAGGGCUGUUCUGGCGUUGUGCAGAUUGCCGCGCCGAUGAGGAUUUCAGGACAAAAGGCGAUACCUGCCGUUGAAGAGGCCGUCAAUAUCGUCAACAACGUCCUUGAAUCGGCCAGCGAACAUCAGUCUGUCGAAAGCGUCGUUCUCAUGUCGUCAGUGUCCGCUAUUCGACGCAGCGGUAGUGGGCCGUAUACAUUUACAGAAAAGGAUUGGAAUACCGAGGUGGAGGCGAUUUUCAGGAACGACCCGGAUAACAUGUCGGGUGGAAUGAUCUAUAGGGCUGCUAAAGUAGCCGCAGAACGGGCAUUCUGGAAGUACAGAGCGACCAAUAAGCCGACUUUCGCGAUGGCAGCUAUCAACCCCUCUUUCGUUCACGGUCCGCCGCUUGUCGUACCAAACUCGGUGUUCAAAAUCAAAGGCACAACCGGGUUCAUCGUCAGCAUCCAAGCAGGCCUCGAUGGGCCCGACGUCUUCAAGGCUUACCCUUGGUGGGUUGACGUCCGCGAUGUCGCACGGAUUAUUGUUUUCUGCGUUAAGAGCCAUGCUGACGGCGAGCGGUUCCUCGCGGUGUCGGCGUACGGGCCCCAGCAAGCUGUUGCUGACGUUCUUCGAUCCGUGCGACCUAACAGCAGGGUCGAGAAAGGUGUCCCAGGUGAGGGCUACGCUAUGCCAGGUUACCGAGCCCCAGAAAAUGAGGACCAGAUUCUCGAUGGGUCCAAGCUAGUUCGAGUGACAGGCCAAGACUACAUUCCCUACGAGCAAAGCGUUGUCGACACAGCGAAUGCUUAUGAACCACUCCUUGCCAAUCUUGGGCCGUCAAUUUACAUCAAGAAGAUGUCUCAGAAAAUCUUUUCAUACUUGAUGCCAAGUAGCAAGUGA